AUGUCUACUAGGAAAGUCCGAGUCAAGAAGUUGAGCGUCAAGACGCUUCUUCCCGUUCUCAGAGAGGACGAUAUCGACGCUGCAGAGUACGAAUCUUUGACUACCGAAACCCAGAUCGCGACCGGUGUCGAGGCAGCCGAGGAAACAGAAUACCAUCUCCAAUCCAUCCUAAAAGAGGCCGGUACCAGCAAUGACCAAGAAAUUCCUGUUCCGCCUCCUCAGGAGAGCCAGAUCAACUAUGAUCAACUCUACCCGAGUCAUUUCCAGCAGCCCACCUCUUACAUCCGUUUCUCGCAAACCGUCGAGGAAUGUAUAGGAGUUUCCUAUGACAUGACUACGGAAGACGAUGAAUUCUUGAGGCAGUACAAUUCCACCAAGAAGACCGUGGCUUCCCAGUUGUCGGAAGAUGAUUUCGAACGCAUCAUGGAAGUGUUUGAGGAGACUGCCUCCGAACAGACCCCCUUCGCAUCAAUAGACAACACUGUGGUUGGCUAUGACCUGAUGGUUCCCUCACUUACCUCGCUUGGCGGCAACAAGCUCAUGGGACAUGCCAAGCAUGUGUAUGAGCACUGGAAGUCGCGUCGGCAAGCGCUUGGCAACAAACCCAUCCACCCUAGCGUCAGGUUCGAGACGCACCAGGAGAGUGACGAGGCCGAUCCUUAUGUCUGCUUCAGACGUCGCGAGGCCAGACAGACGCGCAAGACUAGGCAGAGAGAUGUCCAGAGCGCCGAGAAACUCAAGCGACUUCGCAGAGAACUCGAGGACGGACGCCAACUCAUCAUUCAGUCCUAUGAGCGUGAGAUGCUCAAGCGUGAACUCCUCACCUUUGACCGCGCCAUCUUCGAGCAGAGGGCCAAGCUUAAGGAGAUGAAGGUCAAGCUCGGUAUCAAAACCGAAGACGAAGACCUCAUCAACCACAAGGUAUACAAUGCCCCCCACGACCCAAAGAUCCGGGAACUGAUGCUGACGGGAGCACAGCCUCCAAAGAAGAAGCCUGCAGAAGUGCCUGCUCUGCAAAAGCCGCCUGGCAACCAUCUCCGCAUUGCCGUGCGUCCAGAUGGUCGGUCCAUGGAGGCAGACCUAUUGCAGUUGGCGGAUAAGCUUGCUGAAAAGGAGAAUGAGUUGCGGGCAGAUGUUGAAAGCAAGGUCCACAACCACAGAAAGUGGAACCAAAACCAUGUGGACCUCACCCGAGAUCCCUUAUCCCCGGUCAAGGAACAGGGUAUGGAGGCCAGCUUCCGACCCGCUAAGACUCAGUACCUCAUGACGCCUCCCGCUUCCACAUCAUCGGAGUCGGAUGCCAUGGAUGUCGAUGAUGAGACAGAGCCGAUUGUCGAUAGAAACAACAUGCCGCUGUUCCAGUUCAAGGCGGGCGGUAAGGAGAAGCCUUCCUGUAGCCAGCCAGCGUUCCGUCGCCGUAUUGGACGGCUGGGUCGUUUGUGGAUCGACCGUCGGGGAAUGACAACGCCCCCGAGGGUGGAGGAGGGUGAGGAGUAUACCGACCGAUGGAAGUAUGACCAAGACGACGAGGACGAGACGCCGGUGUACGAGGUCGACCCGUACGACACUCGGGCGUUAAAGUUCCGGGCCACCAUCCCGUUGUCUCAGUACGUCUACCAGCGUCGGCAACUCCCACCUGAGGGUCUAGUCAAUGGUUCGGUACCCCCGCAAGCAGCUGGAGUAGCUGGCAGCAGACCGGCACUGCCGCAGCCUCCGACGCCGCAGGCUCAAGUCGCACUGCAGCAACAACAGCAAUUGCAGCAGCAGCAGCAGCAGCAGCAGCAACGGCACCCAUCGCAGUCGUCACCACCAGCUCAAGCCGCACCAGCUCAAGCCGCGCCAGCUCAAGCCGCCCCCUCAUGA